AUGUCUCUCAUGCUCUCUGAUAAUCUGGCUCCCCAGCCCAUGACCGACGUCUUCACCAAUGAUACAAACAUUGACCGCCGAAAGUGCCACCGCACAGUGCCUAUGAAGGUCCUUGCGCUGGGUGUCGGUCGUACCGGAACUGCCUCUCUCCGCAAGGCCUUUGAGCGUCUGGGUUAUGGCAAGUGUUACCACAUGAUGUGCGCAAGUGUUGAGAAUCCGCCGGAUUGUCUCAUGUGGCACGAUGCCCUGAACGCAAAGUACAACGGAAUCGGCGAGUUCGGCCGCAAGGAAUGGGACCAGCUUCUGGGUGACUGCCAGGCCGUCUGUGACUGGCCUGCCUGUGCAUUUGCAAAGGAGCUUAUCGAAGCCUACCCCAAUGCGAAGGUCAUUCUGACCACCCGUGACGUCGACCCGUGGCACGCCUCCGUCAUGAAGACCGUCUUCUGGCGUGUCUCAGACCCAGAGCACAAGUUCGUGUCGAACUUCAGCUGGGCUGCCGGCAUGUACUACCCUAUGCUGAACAAGUUCUUCGAGACAUUCUUCCGUGGUGACUUCCCCGGAAAGGGCAAGCAAGUCUACGAGGAUCACGUCGCCCAGUUCCUCGAGGAGGAGGUCCCUGACACCCCCUUCCCCCGUGGCAACGACAUGGCCGACUUCUACAAGCGCUGCAGCACUCGCAACCGUCACCAGAUGAUGAACGCUGCCCUCCAAGCCGUUACUAUUGGUGGUUCGUUGCUUGCCGCAGGCUUUGCUGCUACUUUGGCUUUCAAGCGUUUCUCCCCUCGCUAA